AUGCGGAAAACCGGUGACAGGCCUGCCAGCAUAGGAUAUGUUCCACAACGCCCCACAGCUCCUCUCUAUGAAUCCAUCGGAAUCGAUAGCCCACACACUAUUGAGCAAGUUGAACGGUUUACUAACGUUAUGUGGCCCCAAGGAAAUGAUACUUUCAGUGAUGCUGUGCAUUCCUUCUCAAAGCGACUAGUAGAAUUCGCUGAAAUGGUCACAAGAAUGGUCUUUGAGAGCUAUGGAGUCAACAUGAGGCUGUUCAACACCGUGAUGGAAUCAACCUUUUACAUGCUGCGCAUGUUCAAAUACAGAACGCGCCUCGCGAAUGAGAUGAGUAAUCUUGGAUUGGGUUCCCAUACAGACUGUAGUUUUAUAACAAUACUUCACCAGCAUCACGUUGAUGGUUUGCAAAUAAAAACGAAGGAUCAUCGAUGGAUUGACGUGAAACCCGAGCCUUCAUCUUUUAUAGUCUUCGCCGGAGAUGCACUUGCGGCGUGGAGUAAUGACAGAGUACGUGCUUGUGAGCAUCACGUGAUUAUGAAAGAGAACAAAGUUAGACACAGCACUGGAUUGUUUACAUUUAUCAAGGGGUUGGUGCAUGUUCCCAAAGAGCUAGUCGACGAUGACCAUCCGUUAAGAUAUAAACCUUUUGAUCAUUUUGGAUACUUCCGUUUCUUUAUUUCUGAAGAAGCAAAGAAAUGUACUGCACCUCGUAUUAAAGCUUACUGUGGUAUAGAUAAUUGA